GGGCCACGCCAGACCGUGCACCGCUGGAUCUCCUCGCCGGUCUUCGACUCCUUCAUCGGCUUCAUCAUCUCGGUGAAUGCGGGGACCAUCGGCUACGAGGCGCAGGUGAGCACGAAGAUCCCCUGGGGCUGCGACGAGCGGUGCAGCUGUGAGGAUCCCGGCUGCAGCCCCAUGCCCGAGUGGCUGCAGGCCGCAAGCUGUAGCCGAAAGCUUUGGGC